UAAAAUUAAAAAAAAAAUAUCGUAAGAAUGCCAAACCAUUUAUUCAGAACUCAUCCAAGAACCUACGGAAAAGAUUCAAGAGGUUAUCUAUAAAUAAUAUAAAUAAAGAAUGCAGAGUUUGUGCUGCUAGACAAGGUUUGAUCAGAAAAUAUGGUAUGAAUGUUUGCAGAAGAUGUUUCAGAGAAAACUAUGAAUUGAUUGGCUUCCACAAAGUAUUUAUUCAUUAAGAAUUAUUAAGUAUAACUGAUGGAAUCGUAGUGAGAUAUAUGUACAUUAUAAAUAUUUAAUUUUACAUUCUCCUCAAUAA